AUGCGUCUCUUCCCUCACAUCCUGUUGCUGGCCGCUCAGCUCGCCGUCACCUUUGCCCUCCCCGCCCCGGCCUCAGAUCUUGCCGAUUAUCACUCUGUGGUCCGGAGAAGCGUUGGCAACGCCGCUGCCGAAGCUGCCAAGACACCCGCCCAGGGUGUUGGGAAGGAAGCUGGCAAGGAGGCCGGCAAGGAGGGUGGGAAGGGAAAGGAAGAGAAAAAGGAGAACGAGAUCGAGAUGAAGGGACAGUUCGGGGCCGCCCUCGCUCUGGGCGGCGGCAACAUCAAGACCGACGUGGUGUUCCCUGCGGGGAAAAACGGCGUCUUUGAGGUUGAGUUCAAAAACGCCCAGGGCCGCACGCUCACUGUGACCGAGAACAAGACGCCCGCGAAGGCCCCCUCCGGCUUUGUCGCCCUCGAGCCCGUGUCGUACAAGGUCCAGCUGGCCGAGGGCGCCAGCAACCUUACGCUGCAGCAGAUUGACUACAUCCGGAACGCGAAUAGCGCAGUGGACAUCCGCACCGGAAAGAUCGGCCGCCUAUGCACCGAGGUGAACGCCUUCGUCAUCGACGACACCGUUGGCGAGCUCGAGUUUGAAGAGGAAGAGAACGAGCUUAAGCUGGUGGUCAAGAACAUGAAUGCCGAAUGGGGUAUCUUUUUGCCCCAGGCUGCCGGUGCCGGGCCUGGUGCCGGAGCCGGAGCCGGAGCCGGAGCCGGAGCCGGAGCUGGAGCUGGAGCUGGGCAGGCCAUGCUUGAUCUCAUCUUGAAGCUGCUCGAUGGCCUGGUCAAGCCUAACUAAGCAUUAGCUACGCGCACCAGCCGCGUCGAUGCAUCCGUUGACUAUGUUCCGUUCCAGGUACCUAGCACGUAGUAGAUAGCCGGUAUGUACCAUAAGUCUCGGG